ACUUUGCUCCGUCUGUCAUUCACCUGCCUAAUGACGAUUUACUCAGGAUUUCCUCCCCCUUAGAAGUUUAAACUCUGUACGAUCGGGUCAAAGGUCAUUCAUACAGAUAUAGAUUUAAAAUCGUUUUUAUUCAGUCAAGAAGUUUAUUCUGAAAAGAAAUCAGAUUGGCAUCUUUCAAAAGAUAUUAAAAUGACGUAAAAGGAGAAUGAAGUUAAAAAUGAUUUGUUGAGUUGAAGUCUUUAAGGUAGGAAGAACUACUUUCCAUCACCCUAAUCUUUUGCUCAGGUUCUCGGUCAGAUUCAGGUCAGAACUCUGAGCUGCUCCAGAACAUUAGCAUUACUUCUCCAUCAACAAAUAUCAGAGGUGAGCAGUGAUCAAGUACAUUUACUUGUGUACAGUUUUUGUUUUAUUUGUACUUCACUUUGAGUAGCAUAUUUUUUGUUUUGUUUUUUUGGAAAAACUUUUUCUGAUGCUUAUUUCUAAAACUUUCAUUUCAUUCACAGUGAUUCUUGUAAACAUUGUGUGAUAAUGUUUGCGUUGCAGUUGGUUUAAUUUAUGACUGGCAAGUAUAUUCAUAUUUUACUUGUGCUACAUUGUCUCUGCUCCCAGUUUCAGUUGUUUCUCUGCUGGAUUCUGCUGAGUCCAGGUGGGUUUGAAGCAAAAACAAGCAGAGGAAUGAAGCUACUGCUAACUGUAUUCUUCUUUUAUUGUGAUAAAACAGGUAAGUAAAUCCACAAUUGCAGCACAGAUGAUUAGGGAUGCUUCAUCCGGAAGAUUUAUUUCCUUAAUUUUGGGAGAUCGGUGAUCGGUCGAUGCCUGCAUGUGAAACAGAUCUUCACAUCUAAUCAAUCAAAAGUGGUUGACUCGUCUAAAAAUCAACCACUGUCCUCUUUUGCUCUCCUGUGAUCGAGAUUUGACUGACAGACCAGCCCACAAGGUCAUGUCUGCACGUUUUCAGCUAAAAAUAGUCACACCACCAUUACUAACAUUUCAGGCAAAAUUAUUUUAUCGUCCAAAAACGGUACUGGCAGGUCAAGCUUUUUAAAGAUCGGUAAUCGGCGCACGCCUACAAAUAAGGUUUAAUUUUUGUAUUUGAUGCUUUUGAUCCUCCGGCGUGUUUAAACACAAUCAGGAUUUUUAUGUAAAGAGGUGCAGCGUCCUCGGUGUUUUUUAAUGGUGACCACAAUGAAGACUUAUUGGACACAUGUUCAAAUUUCCUUUUGGACAGUUAAAACGGGGGAGUAAAUCAUUCAAAAUAAUGUGUGAAACUGAAUUCAUAAAGUUUAUGUUAUAUUAUUAUGUAGCAGUGUAGAUCUUUCUUUACUUAAAAUUUUAUUGUAUGCAAUAAACAGAUUUAUUUAAAAAUAUACAUAAUGGCUUAGGACAACGUGUUAGUUGGAAUAAUGGUUAAAUAUGAAAUUUUGCUCCAUCCAUCCACUCCAGCAGUCGAUGGGCGAGCGUCGGGGUCAGCCCUGGAGAGGUCACCAGUCCAUCACUGGACGACUUAGAAAAAUACAGGACAGACAACCAACCACAUGGUCCCGUACUUAAUCCUUCAAUCAAGACUUGGUUAUGACUGCGGCUGAGAUAAUGAUGUAGGUUAGCACCUGUUCUGAUUAAAAACAACCGUGAAUCUUUUUGCCAUGGAAACGCUGACCUAUCAGCAACACCUCAAAGCGAGCGGUUUUCGUGACAUGCAGCGCUGUGUAAGCUUCGGCCAUCCAGUCCACUCAAAGAGAUUACAAAAUAACCUCAAACCUUUUUUAAAUUGUCUUUUGCUUUUCUUCUUAUGUAAGAUUUUAGUGCUUCUUCCUCUCGUGUGUGACAUGUUGUGCCCUAUAGAAAUUCACAGAUUAUCUUAGCAUUUAAAGGUUGUAAAAGUUGCCCAGCAGAGGAUAUCCGCAGCUCCGCAGUUACACAUAAACAUACCCUCACGGUGCAUUUGGAGAACAUGCAGUCUUUUCACUGUUCUCAAUGUGCUCAGAGUUUUGGUUAACCACAGGCUGACUCGAGAAAAGGGCAGGGUAUAAAAAGCUGCUGUGAGUUUUCUAAUGGAACCCGAAGUUGCUUUAGUUGUCGUGAAACGGGACAGAAGGGAAAACAUUUCUUCUCAGCAGCACGGGUCGUCGGUACAAUGUUGAAAUGUGGAAAAAUUUGCCACAUUAAUGCAGGAAAUCUCUUGGGGUUGUGUUGCAGAGACGAAAGAGAACUUCCUAUUUUAGCCCUGCUGGUAUUUUGAGCUCUUAAGCAACACGUUCUCUGCAAGAAGGAAAGAGGAGUUCAAGAGAGAAAAAAAACGGAAAAAUGUGCAGAAAUUUCUGAGGAAAAAAAGAAAGACAUGGCAGUGCAUGCUCCUGUUAACGGGACGACAGCGAUCCCUUGGAGAAGCAGCCGGCGGAGACUCUCGCUGCUAGAGAAGCUCAGGGGCUGUCAGGACGCCUGGUGUCCCCGUGGCCCCUGGGACAGAGAGGGGGCCCACGCUGCCAUCCGUGGAGCACCAGCCGGGAGCUUCCUGGUUGUGCGGGACUCUGUGACGUCUCAGCCCUGCCUGCUGUGUGUGUCUGCAGGGGAUCAGAAUGGAGAAGUUCUCGAUUAUAAUAUGAACUGCAAGGAAACAGCCUUCCAGCUCUCUGAGUCUCGUCUGUCUUUCUCUGAUUUGCCUCAGCUGGUGCUCUUCUACUCUCUGACCAGGGAUGUGCUGGCUGUCUGCCUGUCCAUCCCCCGUUGGCUCUACAGUCCAACUGAGAUGAAUCAAGAUCGUCUCUCUGAGCUUGAACCUAAAACGUGGUUGUCCACACCACCUGAACAACAAGCAGAAGAAAUGCCCAACAAGGAGCCAAGCCAUGUGAUGUGCUCCAUUCAGCUGACUUCUGCCAAUGGCGCCCUGUGCAUCAUAAAUCCCCUCUACGUUCAUGAACAUGGAGAUGACUGGUUGACUCACCGGCCAGCGGCUUUACAGUUAUCAAGUUUCAGACGACAGCGACGCCUGAGCACCACCCGGACUUGGGCCGGGGCUGGGAUACAAAGCAAACGAGCCAUCUCACUGGACCAGGAAUCCAAGGCUGCCGGUACAGAGGGAUCAGGUCUGACCAGAGCCAGGUCCGCUGAUUCCCCUCUCGGCCCACAAACGCCAACAGGAGUGGUCCUCCGGAGGCCCAGCCGGGAUUUGGCUUGUACCAUCCCUCAAAGAGCGAGCACGGGGAGCCUUUCCACCCCCACCACACCAGGAACACCUGAGCAGCACCGCCACAGCAGCCCUGUGCCUCAGUCUCCACACAGGGUGUCCUGGAUUGAAGAUGGAGUUUGGUUGCCUCCACCUAGGCCUUCGUCUUUGCUCCAACCCCCAUCGCUGGAGCUCGACUCGCUGUCCAUCAGCAGCAUAGAGGAGGAGCAGGAGUGCCAACUAGCAGGCCCAGGGCCCCUCCACCCUUCAGCGCACCGCUUGGCUGGUAAGGUCAUCAACCGUCUGUCAGCUGUGGGCCAGGCACUCGGUGGUCUGGUGUCCCAGAAGAAGAGGCUGACCAAUCGGGUGGUGGAGAUGAGCGAGAGGAAAGGAAAUGCCUUCGGAGAGGCAGUUAAAGGAUUUGUAGAGAUGACCCUGAAGGGAGGUUCUGACCCCACUGGGCCUAUGGGAGCAGAGUACCUACAGGAAGUGAGGUCAUCACUCUCGUCUCUCAGGGAGAUCCUGUUGGAUUAUCCAGACAUUCAUGCCAUACUGGACAGCAUCACUGACUUGAAUGACUCUGAGAUUGACUCUCUGGUGGAGCUCGCUCUUCACAAAGUGGCCUUGAAGCCCGUCUCCUCCCAUCUCUACUCCUGCAUCCACACCUCCAGGACCAACGACGGCAGCUUUCAGCGUCUCCAAGGAAACUUCCUGUUGCUAGAAAAGAACGGGGUUGAAGAACUUGGUGGAUCAAAAGGAGUCGGAGUCCCUGAUUCUGUCACUUUGGAGCGAAUACAGCAGAGAUGGGCCAGUAUGCAUGAGGCCUACUCCCCAAACAAGAAGAACCAGAUCCUCCUCAAGGUCUGCAAGAGCAUUUACCACAGCAUGAGCACUAAUACUACUUCUGCUGCAGGUGCGGUGUUUGGAGCUGAUGAUUUCCUGCCUUGUUUGACCUGGGUUCUCCUCCGUAGCAACUUGGUCAGCUUACAGGUGGACACGGACUACAUGAUGGAGCUGCUGGACCCCACACAGCUACAGGGAGAAGGUGGCUACUAUCUUACAACUCUAUACGCCUCUCUCUUCUACAUCACCAGCUUCCAGCCGCGGCUGGCUGCCCGCCAGCUCAGUGUGGAGGCCCAACACUCUAUCAACCAAUGGCAUCGCAGACGCACGCUCCACUGCAACAAGUCCCGCCGCAGCACGCACAGACGGACGAUUCGCAGGCAGACAGCCAAACAGAACUUGGAGACAGAAACUGAGAGCAAGAGUGAAAGUGGGGGAGAAAAUGAGUCUGAAAACGUUGAUGUUUCAGAGCGGCACACAGAAACUAGCACGGAUGCUGAGUGGAGACCAAGUGAGAACACAGAGUGUGAACAGGAACUAGGAGACCAGCCACAGACCACUGUGCAGUCAGACUUUCAACCUGCGAUGCAGCAAGAGGUGAUGACCAGCGAACAGGAAGACAAGCUGAGCGUUUGCAUAGAAACAGAAGAGGCUAAAGAUGAUUCUGAUGGAGAGCUGAGAGAACACCUGAGGUGACAAACUUCUGUCACACUAGGACAGUUUUUUUUUUUCUUAUAAAAGGUUUUGGUGGCUCUAAUUUGAAAGUAGUUUAACAGGAAACAGAGUAAUCAGAGAGGGGAAGACGUGUGGCAAAUGUCAGCAGGACGGGAAUCGAACCUGCGACCACCGCCGCAAGGACUAAGGCCUCAUUCGUAGGUCGUGCUUUGCCCCUGCACCACCACAGCACCCUGCAUUAUAACAGUUUGUCAAAGUCUUUCCCCCUGGGUCAAACAAACCCUUCCUAAACCCACAUUAAUCGCCCCUCUAAAACAGCAUCAUCUGCAUUUUUACAUCAAGAAAGUCCCUGAUGUGGGUCUUAGUUGAGGGUGUUCAGAGUGUUGCUUUCAUGUUUGGCCCAUGCCUCUGUGCGUUUCCGCUCUGGGUGUCGACUUUAUCUUCCUGUUCAGAUGGUGAUUCUAAUUUAACCUGUGUACGUGUUUGUAUUAGACCUGGUGCAGAAUGCUUCUCGCUCUUUGAAACCGGACAUCAGGUUAACGUCUCCUCAACUCUGAACACCGAGAAGCAGAGUCAGCGAAUUAGUCAGCGGUCUUAAAUUAGAGUUUGUUAAUUAAUAUAGCAUUUCUAAAGGUCUUGAGGUGAAUUACCUUGCUAAAUUAUUCAUACCACGUAAACUUUUUCACAUUUUAUGACUUUAUAACAAUGUAUAUGUCAUAUGUUGGCAUGGCCUGGUCAGAGUUUAGAUCUAAAUUCAAAUGAGAAGCGAUGACGAGCUGUUUUGGCAAAAAUUUAAAAGAAAUUGUACAUAUGCAAAAAUGGUGACAUCUUUUGUUGUUUUCAGACUGAAAAUUUUGAUUUCUCAGAAACAAAAGGAGAAAAAAAGAUUUUAAAACAAAUACAGUUUGGUUAAUAUUACAUGCUAUUUUUGAUAUUUCCCAGGGGGGCCACUGACCUGAGAUGGAGUUAUCUAAUAUGUCAAUUAAGCUUCUAUCAUUUUUAGUAUACAAAUGCAUAUAAUAUUAAAUACAUUUCUGUGAUCAGAUUAAAGUUAUGCACUGAUGUGCUGUUGCCAUUUCCUUUCAAAUAGGCAGCUGCUUCGAAGCAUCACUAGCUUGUUUCUUUAUCACUGUACCUCAACAAAUCGUUGCCAGUGGGGGUUUGUCAUAGGUCAGUAAUAUUUAACUGAGAUUUCUAUCUUCAAGAUUAUAUCUGUGUAGCACACACAAGCUUUUAUUUAUCAGACAGCGAUAAUGUUCCAUGGAUGUGUAGCACUGCUGGCUUUUAAAUAAAGAUCUCUUCUCCUCCC